UGAUUGACUGAUACCUACCGUGGUUGCAGCGGAACAAAAUACAAAGUAUCUGUAUAAGAAACAUGGUUAAACGGAAAAGACCACGUGAAGUUAUUGAAAAACCCACCAAGAUUAAAAAGACAAACUCUGAAGUUGUGUUACCUGCAGUGGUCAGUUCAGAUGAACCAGUUAAAAGUCAGACAAAAUGGACAAAUAAGCAGAGAGUGUUGGUGUUUUCUUCCCGUGGAAUUUCCUACCGGGCCAGACAUUUAAUGAAUGACUUGAGAACUUUGAUGCCACAUUCCAAAUCAGAGUCAAAGAUGGACAGGAAAGAUAAACUUUUUAUAAUUAAUGAGGUUUGUGAGAUGAAGAAUUGCAAUAAAUGUCUCUUCUUUGAGGGAAAAAAGAAAGAAGAUUUAUACUUAUGGUAAUAAUAGAAAUAUUGGUAUGGUGCAUCGCUUGCCCCAAGAGGUCCAUCAGCAAAAUUCCUUGUAGAAAAUGUUCACACUAUGAUGGAAUUGAAGAUGACUGGAAACUGUUUGAAAACCUCACGGCCACUUCUGUCGUUUGAUAAGGAAUUUGAUGAAAGUCCACAUUGGAAACUUCUGAAGGAGUUAUUUAUACAGAUAUUUGGAACCCCAAAUUACCAUCCUAAGAGUCAGCCGUUUGUAGACCACGUGUUCAUGUUUUCUGUGGUUGAUAAUCGGGUGUGGUUCCGUAAUUACCAGAUUCUAGAGGAAGAUGGGUCACUGGCGGAAAUAGGGCCAAGAUUUGUCUUGAAUCCAAUCAGGAUAUUCGAGGGAAGUUUCGGUGGACCCACUCUGUACCAGAAUCCACACUACAUUUCUCCUAAUGAGCAUCGACGGAAACUCAGGCUGUCUGUGGCAGGAAAAUAUGUGAGUAGAGUUGAAGCCAAAAGCUCUCUGCAAAUGCGUCGCCCAAAAGAAUCAUACGAAGUUGAUCCUACAGAUGACGUAUUUCAGACAGUGACACCAGAAAAUAUUGAGAGAAUAGGAAAGAAAAGAUGACAAACACUGGGUUAAACUUUGGUGAAUCAGAUGUCAUGAUGAGACUAUGCACGGAUUAUGUCAGUCUAUAAACAGUGCAUGACAGAAGAAAUGUCUAACUUCUAAAGAAAGAGGGAGCACAUAUACUAAAUGUUGGCAAACCAUCUUGUGCCAUGCCAGAAAAUGACUAGGUUGUUUAGAGAAUUGUACUUGGGAGAAAGUUAAUUUUAGUGGAAUCCUACAAAACCUGCCACACAAUAAAAUAUGUUCUGCCAA